AUGAGCAGCUUUGAAGAAAACCAGAAACCACUGGAUGCUGAAGCUGUGCAACAUGAGAGGGGACCUAGGACAUCAACAAUAAGAAAGCAGGUAGCCCUGUAUUUCCGGGGGCACAAGGAAGUAAAUGGAGGUGUAAAUCCUUAUCCAGCAACUGCUUUACCUGGACCAGCUUUCUUCACUGCUGUCACCCAGUUAGAAACUCACAACAUUGAUCUCACUACAGGGUCUGAUCGUCAGGCGUUGGUGGGUUUACCACAACCAACUCCAAAGUACCCUCACGAGGUUAACGGCACACCGAUGUACCUGUAUGAAGUGGCGACUGAAUCCGUUUGUGAAUCUGCUGCGAGACUUCUCUUCAUGAGUAUCAAAUGGGCCAAGAGCGUACCCGCGUUUUCCACACUCCCCUUCCCGGAUCAGCUUAUUCUUUUGGAAGAUGCCUGGAGGGAGCUUUUUGUUCUGGGAAUAGCACAGUGGGCUAUUCCAAUCGAUUCUAGUACUUUACUAGCUGUGUCUGGGAUGAACGGUGAUAACACCGACUCGGAGAAGUUGAACAAGAUCAUUGCAGAGAUCCACGCCCUGCAAGAGGUGGUAGCGCGGUUCCGGCAGCUCCGGGUCGAUGCCACCGAAUUUGCCUGUUUGAAAUGCAUCGUGACUUUUAAAGCGGUUCCUACUCAGAGUGGCUCAGAACUUAGAAAUUUCCGGAAUGCUUCAGCAAUCGCAGCGUUGCAGGACGAAGCUCAGCUGACCUUGAAUAGUUACAUCCACACCAGAUACCCAGCACAGCCGUGCCGUUUUGGCAAGUUGCUUCUACUUCUGCCUGCUUUACGCUCGGUGAACCCCUCCACCAUUGAAGAGGUGUUCUUCAAGAAAACCAUUGGAAACGUCCCCAUCACAAGACUCUUGUCAGACAUGUACAAGUCCAGCGACAUUUAA